AUGAAAUCUGAAAUGAAAAGCGAAUCUGAUGAAAAAGGAUUUUACAAUAAAUCGAUUACGACGUUAUUUACAACCAACAAUCAAAUAAUUCCAUCACCAUCGACAAUUGAAUGUGUUUUGAAAAUAAAUGGCACAGAGUACAUUAAGAAGAAGCAGUUUAUUUAUUAUGAUAAACAAUGCAUGGAAAAUUUCUUGAUAAAGCUUGAAGCUUUCAGCAUGUCAUCUGGAAAUCAUGAAAACAUUUAUGGACACAUCAAACUUCUGUUCAAACAAAAACUAAAAAAAAUGGAGAAGGAAAGUUGCUUCACUUUGGAAAGAUUUGGAGAAUUGUGUGGAUGGUUUUUCUGUUCAAUUUCAAGUGUCGCCGCAGUUAUCUCUGCUUUAUUCUUAAAAGAGUUGCUAUUGGACGCUUUAUUAAGCAAUCAUGGAUAUAAUAAGUUUGGUCGGUUCUGCAUAUUCCUGACUGCUUUUAUAUACAGUUUGGCCAUUGCUUACAUAUCACGACAAUUAAUUCUUGGAAUUCACGAUCGCAAUCCAAAGAAAGUUGAAAAGUUUCUAAAGAUAACGGGGAGUCAAUUUUGCUUGUUAUUAUUAUUUCAAUUUUUUUUGAUAUUUGAUCAUGAAAAACGAUUAUCUGCUUUAUUGUUACUCCCACUACUAAUUUAUAUUUUGAUCAUUUACUUCAUUGCCGCCUUGAAAAAAAAGCUGGAAAAAGAAAGACCAACAGAAGCUUCUGCUCCGUCCGAUGGCUUAACUUUCGUCUCUUUAGCCUAAAGGUUUACGAAGAAGUCAAUGAACUUUAUCAAAUUCGUUUAAAAAAACAUCGAAUUAAUGAAUAAUGUCAUUAAAAGAUUAAUAAAGAAACCUUGAAAUUCCUUAAGUUCCAAUAAAAAUUUACUUUUCAAGAAUU